GUGGUGGAAUGGGCCUUUAGAGAAUGCUCAGUGAGGCAAGUGUUGCCAGUGAUGGACUGAAAUAUACUUUGGUAUCAACAGCUGAGCCUGUGAAUGGAGGGCCUAGUGGAGAGGACUUUGGCCAAAAAAGGAGACUGGCUUUUUUCAAAAUGCAGUGACGGGGGGGAGGGGUAGGAAAGAACGAAUGGGUAUAAACCAUGUGCUCUCUGACAGCCACAGAGAUAAAGAAACACAGGGUAGGAGUGUACAGCACAGCACUGGACAGAUACAAAUACAGUACACACUCGAUGACAGAGCAUACUCUCGGCCCGUAGGAAGAGGACGAUAACAUUAGAAUCGAAAGAUGUGACACUUAAAAGAAAGUUGGAUAAAAGCAAUGGAUCCAAAGAUUAAAAACAAAUCAAACAGAACUAUAGAAAAUGACAAGGGAGAAACUACACGAAUGGCUAAGGACCAAAGCCGACCGGUGAAGCUUGCCAUGAUGGUCCUAAACUCUGUUCUGGUGGUUGUUACAGACCUUUGGGCUGGACUACUUGGCAGUGCCGUAUUCAGACGCCAUUUUCACCUCCUGUUGUCAGGCGUGGUUCUGUUUGGACCAGCCAUGAGUCUGUGGGUGUCCAAGUACAGCAUCUUUGCAAACAGGAACCACUACCUCUACAGGAUGUUCCUGCGAUCAGGCUGGGGCUGGACCUGUGUUUUCACUGGCUCCUUUGUCUUCGUCCUCUCCUUCUCCAUCCGUCGAUCCCUCUCUCUCUCCGUUCGCCAUCUCUCACGGAUAGCCACCGUGGGAGCACUGCGGUGGGGCUCUCGCAGUCUCCUGACUCUGCUGGAGAACAUGGCAGGCAGCUGCUACGAGCCCAUGCCUGCUACCCUGGUUGGGGGCCUGAACCUUGGCCAGGGAGCCAGUGUCCCAGGGCAGUCCUUACUCCUGAUCCAUGAGGGCGAGCGCAAGGCCUCCUGCCUGAAAGCGGGCAUGCUGUGGCAGGGCUGGGAGGUCUCGGAGGACACUCUCCUCCUCUGCCUCUGCUGCCUGCUCCUGGCCGAAGAGACUGCAGUAUUGGGGCCCUACCUAGCCCUGGGAGGGCCCUCAGGGCCCCCGCUGCGCCUGCUCUUCCUGCUCUGCGUCUCCUUACUGGGUCUGUGGCUGUUUCUGCUGCUCUGUCUGCUGGCUUACUUCCCGCAGUUCCCCUCCCAGCUUCUGGGGGGAGCUCUAGGGUGUUUGGGCUGGAGGGGACUGUAUCAGGGUUGGUAUCGCCUGCAGCCCAGCUGGUGCUGUCCUGGGUGGCCUGGAGAGGGACUUCUCAUCACAACUCAGAGAGAGCCGUACAGUGAAAGGGAUGUUCAUGACGUGUGGCCAAAAUAUUGAUGUCUUUGGCUAAAAUAUUAUUUGCACCCCAGAUCAAAAUAAGAAUGGAUAUGACUCCACAGCAAAAAGGGCUCUGCUUGAUAUUUUAUAAAAACUAAAAUAGUUACAUUUUCAUUUGCUUUAUAUUCAAUGUGAUAACUCCUAACAUCAAGAACAUCGAAUUGGAUAAUAACAGGAAGAUUAUGUACAUUAUCACAGAAUUGAGAAAGUCAAACUUUCAUAAGCAAAAUAUUGAAAUUCUUUCAAAUCUCACCAUGAAACAUUAAAAAAAAUACUCACUUGA